CGCUUGUUUUGUUUGAAGGCGGAGUUCGGGGCCAAUAAAGUCGUCUCUGAAUCAGCGGUGGAGUCAUUCGUAGUUCUCACGUUCACCGGAUUAAAGUGUUUUUGCCAUUUAACGUUAACACCGCGGACGAACCUUUCGUUUUAUCUCGUUUGGAAAGCGGACUGAUACGGUUAACGUUUCACCUGCGGCAUUCAAAGUAACGUCUCCAGAUAGCUGCUGUGGAGUCGAAGAUGAAGCGCCUCUCGUUACUCUGCCUGUGGUUACUGGUGGCCUUGUACGGCCACAAUGGCGCGCUGUCCCAGCCUCCGUCCUACGGCGAGCGGGGCUCUGAUCUCGGCAUACAGGUGUUCCAGCAAGUGGUCCGCUCCAAGCCUCUGGAGAACGUGGUGCUGUCGCCCCACGGCGUGGCUUCCAUCCUCGGGAUGCUGCUGCCGGGAGCUCACGGAGAGACUCGCAAGCAAGUCCUCAACGCUCUGCGGUACAAGAAGAACGGCCCGUACAGGAUGUUGAAGAAGCUGCACAAGACCUUGACGGCCAAGUCCAACCAGGACGUCGUGCUGAUCGCCAACGCCAUGUUCAACCAGGUCGGCUUCCCCAUGGAGGAGGCCUUCGUGUCUGCCAACAAAGCCAACUUCCAGUGCGCGAGCAGGGCCCUGGACUUCAGCGACCCCCACGGGGCCGCGGAGGAGAUCAACGAAUGGGUCAGCAAUAAGACCAAAGGUCACAUCCCCAGCCUGAUCAAAGCAGACAUGCUGGACUCGUCUCUGACCCGUCUGGUCGCUGUCAACGCGAUCUACUUCAAAGGGCUGUGGAAGUCUCGCUUCCAGCCCGAGAACACCAAGAUGAGGCCCUUCACCGGGGGCAACGGAGACGUUUACAAAGUCCCCAUGAUGUCCCAACUGUCCGUCUUCAGCAUCGGUAUCGCCUCCACGCCUCAGGGACUGAAGUACAAGGUGAUUGAGCUGCCGUAUCACGGAAACACCAUCACCAUGUUGAUAGUUCUGCCCUCCGAGGAGGACACGCCCCUCUCCCGUGUCAUCCCGCACGUCAGCACGGCCGCGGUGCAGGGCUGGUCCAAACUGAUGAGCAUGAGGAAAGUCCGCCUGCUCAUCCCCAAGUUUACUGCUGAUGCCGAGGUGGAUUUGGAAGCCCCCCUUUCAGCGCUGGGAAUAACUAACAUGUUCAGUGAGGACAAAGCCAACUUCAGACACCUCAGUGCUGAGCCCGUUCAUGUCUCCAAGGCUCUGCAGAAAGCCAAAAUCGUGGUGAAUGAAGAUGGAACAAAAGCAGCAGCUGCCACUACUGCCAUUUUGCUGGCUCGGUCCUCUCCACCCUGGGUUACAGUGGACCGACCUUUCCUCUUCCUCAUCAGACAUAAGCCAACAGGUACCGUCCUCUUUAUGGGGCAGAUCAACCAGCCUUGAGUCCAACCAUCACUGGCUUAUCUGCUGGUAGCGUCGUACGCCAGCAUGGGAAAUGCUUCUACACUGCCACGCAUGAACGAAGACGUGUACACACACACAAACUUUGCUGUAGACUUUUGUACAGCGUGGACAUAUGAUGUUAUUUGUUUUAAAUAUUGCUUUUUAUGUUACACGUGUUCUGUAACGCAUAACAUGCUUUAUAAAAUGUUUUUGCUGACUAAAUUUUUCCAGCUGUUUUUAAUUUGUUUUUUUAUAUACUUUUUUGAAUUUAUUACUUUUUUUUUUUUUUUUUAAAGACUUUGAAUGUCAAUUGUGUAUUUUGCUCACCUCUGUGGAGUCGUAUGAUCAGUGUAUUUAUUGUGCCCCUGUCUGCAGUCUGUUCUGUACAUCCCAUCAUGAACGUCUUGUAUUCAGCUACUCUACAAUGAUUGUGUCCCUCACUGAGGAAGUCUUCUGUUUUCAUAUUUGAUCAAAUAAAUACACAUAUUUAUAACUUCAA